UCGGUACUCCGGCGAAAGGUUAAAGUACUCAUUGGGGUCCAGCGUCUUCGGCCGUGUAGCCAAGGGCGCCUCUCGGUAGUCCGCCAUGACAGUUCGGUCAAGCGCCUCCGCGAGAAGUGAUGAAGUCUCGCGUUGUUUGCGCGUCAUCGCCAUGGAAACGGAAACACUUUAGUUAACGUAAAAGAUAAUCGGACGUUUUUUAAGGUGACGUUUUUAAAUGUUGUGGUAGUGUGCUUUCUACCCCUUUCGGUCGGCAUGGAACACGAUGAUACUUUUGACUAUGAGGAGGAUGAUCUUGGUGAUGAUUAUUUGGCCGAAGAAGAAGAUUUAGAAGCCACAGUCCAAACUAUCCACGAGCGCGCGAGAAGAGUCCAGACCGCGUCUUCCGGCUUCGAACUUCCGGUCAGCGUGGAUGACUUCCUGCGCAGUUUUCUCACGCAAGUGGGGAUGACGGCCACCUUGGACUGUUUCCAGGCGGAGUGGACGGAGAUGACGCACUUGGGCCUGGUGGACCCCGGGCACGUGGGCACGGUCCCGGACAUUUACGUGCACAACCAGUGUUUGCACAACGAGCUGAAGAACGCGCUGCGGGAGAGGGGAGAGUACCGGCAGUCCGCGUCCGCCUCGGCCGACACGCUGGCCACGGCGCAGAAGGCGCGCGACGUGCAGCAGAUGCAGCACAAACGCGCGGGCCAGGAGAGAAGCAGACUGGUGGAGGAGACGAGGAGGCUGAAGGCUCAGUGCAAGGCGUACGAACCUGCCAUCAGGAGGAUGGAUGAGAAAUACCAGGCCGUCGUGCAGCAGACCAUGAAGCUGGCUCUGGAGAGGGACAAGAUUCUCAUGCACGUCAACCAGGAUCGAAGUCAACUUCGUGGCUGCAAGUCCUGCAGGGAGAUGAGGAAGCCACGGGUUGCGGACCACCGAGCCAGCAGGAAUAAGAAGGUGAAACAUUGGAGCAGAGGGAAGCCGAGCGACUGAGUUCGGCAUGACACAAAGCUUCAAAUGUGGAUUUUGGAGACAAGCUACUUCGACAUAAAUGGCGUGCUUACCCCCAAAUAUUCCGGAAAAAAACGUCCCUGGCCAGCUGGACUGGACGAACAACUGUCCAUUGAGUGAAUCACACUUUAAUAUCACUCAUGAUACACGCAGCACGUCAUGCGUGUUAAUACAACUACAGUGUGGCUAGCUGUGUACAAACAAAACGUGAAAUGCGGGCUAAUACUUUACAUAUACUGUAAUAUGACUGUUCAUGUUUUUCAGUCAGUACAGAUUGGUGUCUGAUGUUUUGUGCUGACUUGGAAGCUAGCUUAUCUCUUGCUGUAGUUAGCUUUUACGGCUAAUACUGUUAUGAUCCGCUGCCCGGAUCAUAUUCUGUUUACGUUUUCGAGGCACUUGUGUUUUCUGUUAGUUUUGGACUCCUUGAGUUCCUGUUUAUGCACCUGCGUUUGGUACCAUGGCUACUUAUUAUUUUCACCUGCCGCCUGUGUUCCGGACGCGCACCUGUUUGUCAUCACUGACAUUAUUUAAGCCUGCCUUUUCCAGUC